AUGUCUCUGUCGAGCCACGUAUCGGACCAGAGCGCCAAAGCAACGAUCGGUCAUCUGGCUCGUUUUGUCGAAGUCAGUCAUGACACCCCCAAACACAAGAUGCCUGAACGAACAAUGACUGGACAGGCAGCUGCCUCUAUCAUUCGCAGUGAACUAAGACUCGACGGCAAUCCCAAUCUUAACUUAGCAUCAUUUGUCACCACGGAGGUCGAUCGCGAAUGUCUCGAUUUGAUGAUUGAGAAUUUAAACAAGAAUUUGGCGGACACGAGUCAAUACGGGCACAGUAGUGAAAUUCAAGAUCGGUGCGUCAAUAUCCUGGCAGAUUUGUUUCACGCGCCCCCGGACAAUGAAGGUGGAGCAGUCGGAACGGCGACUAUCGGCUCGAGUGAAGCAAUUAUGUUAGGCGGUUUGGCUCUCAAAUGGCGUUGGCGAGCUCAGCAAGCUGCAAGACAAGGGAAGAAGCCAGAGGAAAUCACCACUCGCUGCAAUUUGAUAUUCAGCGCUGCCGUUCACGUGUCCGUCUUAAAACUGUGUCGAUACUUUGAUAUUGAUGCUCGAAUUAUUCCACUUGAACACAAUCGCUACACACUCGAUAUCGAUCAAGCUAUCUCUCAAUGCGACGAAAACAGCUGCGGUGUGGUCGCUAUCCUCGGCACGACACUGACCGGCGAGUUCGAAGACAUCAAACGAUUGAACAACGCCUUGUUGAAGUUGAAGGCCAAGAAAGGACUGGAUAUUCCUAUCCACGUCGAUGGCGCUUCAGGUGCCAUGGUCGCCCCGUUUGUCUUUCCCGAUGUCGAAUGGGAUUUCAGACUGGAGCAAGUCCGGUCGAUUAACACCAGCGGUCACAAAUACGGACUAGUACUGCCCGGUUUGGGCUGGAUUAUUUGGCGUCGCAAAGAAGAUCUUCCCGAGGACUUGAUCUUCCAUGUCAACUACUUGGGCGUUGAUGAAGCAACAUUCAAUCUCAAUUUCUCACGCUCGGCUGCCAGUAUUAUCGGACAAUACUAUCAAUUCCUCUGCUUGGGCGUGGAAGGCUACACACGAAUUAUGCAAUUGGCAGUGGACAAUGCAAAAUAUUUGGCUGAAUCGUUGACGUCGAUGAGCGAGGGACUGUUGAUCGUUCACAGUCAAAACGAUAAGCCUUCCUUACCGAUGAUCGCAUUCUCACUCAACCCAGCGAAAAGUCUCAAGUUCAAUGAAACGACCUUCGUUCACUGGUUGAGAGAGCGUGGUUGGAUUGUACCUGUCUAUACACUAGCUGCCAACGCCAGCGAUAUCACCGUUUGCAGAAUCGUUGUGCGCGAAAAUUUUACUCGCAAUAUUGCUUCGAUGCUUCUCGAGGACAUUCGACUCGUGCUGGUUGCUUUGGCUGAUCAUCAUGGACAUCAGGACUUGGUUGCAUCGUUGAAGGCGGCACGUGAUGACCAACAUCAGCAUCGACGAUCGAAACAACAUGCUGAGAGAGUGGCGCAAAUGAUUCAGUCGAACCAGGAGGUGGGUGGGAAUCAUGGCGAUGUGAAGAAAGCCGACAAAACUGGCAAAGAGAAGAAGGACAAACAUCGCACCGUGCAUACCAUUUGCUAG